AUCUUUCACGGAACUAUUUGUAAGCCAAAUGCUUGUUUCAACCAGAACCUUGGUGCACGCACACGGAAGUUGUUUUUUUCAGUGGUUGUGAAGUUGUUGCCACGUCGUUCUUGAUACAUCGUAAAACCGAGAUAUAUUGAUAACAGCGUUACACGUCUGGCAGUGCAAUUUCUCUGUUUAGGUACACAGUCAUUACGAUAAUCUUCAAUCAUGGUUUCCGUCAUCAACACGGUGGACACCUCCCACGAGGACAUGAUCCAUGAUGCCCAGAUGGAUUAUUAUGGCACCAGACUGGCCACCUGCUCUUCUGACAGGUCUGUCAAGAUCUUCGAUGUUAAAAACGGAGGACAAAUCCUAGUGGCAGAUCUGAGAGGCCAUGAGGGUCCUGUGUGGCAGGUGGCCUGGGCUCACCCCAUGUACGGCAACAUCCUGGCCUCCUGUUCCUAUGACAGGAAGGUGAUCAUAUGGAAGGAAGAGAACGGAACCUGGGAUAAGAUGUACGAGUACACUGGACACGACUCUUCAGUGAAUUCAGUGUGCUGGGGUCCCUAUGACUUUGGUCUGAUCCUGGCCUGUGGCAGCUCGGAUGGAGCCAUCUCAUUGGUCACCUGCUCUGGGGAUCAACAGUGGGACAUUAAGAAGAUCAGCAAUGCACACACGAUUGGCUGUAACGCAGUGAGCUGGGCUCCAUCUGUGGUGCCAGGUAGUCUGAUAGACCAGCCCUCGGGUCAGAAACCCAACUUCAUCAAGAGGUUUGUCUCAGGAGGCUGCGACAACCUGGUCAAACUCUGGAAAGAGGAGGAUGGCCAAUGGAAGGAGGACCAGAAGCUGGAGGCUCACAGUGAUUGGGUCAGAGAUGUAGGCUGGGCUCCCUCCAUAGGACUACCCACCAGCACCAUCGCCAGCUGCUCUCAGGACGGCAGGGUCUUCAUCUGGACGUGUGAUGACCCUUCAGGCAACACGUGGACAGCUAAACUCCUCCACAAGUUCAACGACGUGGUGUGGCAUGUCAGCUGGUCCGUCACUGGAAACAUCCUGGCCGUGUCCGGGGGGGAUAACAAGGUGACGUUGUGGAAGGAGUCGGCAGACGGCCAGUGGGCCUGUAUCAGCGACGUCAACAAAGGCCAGGGAGCCGUAUCGUCCAUCGCAGACGGAGCGACGAACGAGCAGUGAUCCAGGCACAGAAGGACAUUCCACUCCUCCUCCUACCCCCACAGAGAAUGAAUGGGCUACUACUCCAGAGACACUUCUACCAUCUAUCCUAGUCCCAGAUCUGGGCUAACUACCACCUGUUAAACUCCAUAGUGGCCCCUCUCUCUCUGUCUCUAACAGACUUUAAGACCAUAUUUCAUGAUGAAAUUUCUCUAAAGACCGAUUGAGGUUUCAUCGUUCAGUUUACGAUGAUCCAGAUUUAAAUGGUUACCAUUGAGGGGAAACUACCUUAAUUAAAACCUUCAUUAAAACCUGCUCAAAACAUCCAUAGAUUACAUACUUGCUUGUAAAACAAUGUUCUGUCAAAUUUGAAACUGUUUUUGUGAAAGCUUUUCUUCCAAUUGAUUGUUAGAAACAAGAAUAUUAUGUUUUCAUAUUUCAAAUAAUUAAAAAGAACUUCAAGGAAAA